AUGACUGUCAUUCCCGAGUCCCCUGCCGGUGGUUUGGCUGCAAAGCAGCAAGGUAUCCCUCCGCAUGCGCAAAAGGCCACCUUUGCUGCCGGCUGUUUCUGGGGCGUUGAACACAUCUUCCGUCGGCGGUUUGGCAACGGGAAGGGCCUCCUAGAUGCCUCUGUUGGCUACUGCGGUGGGAAAUCCAAGUUGCCAACCUACCGUCAAGUCUGUACGGGACAGACAGGCCAUGCCGAAGCCGUCGAGGUGAUAUAUGACCCGACAAUUGUCUCGUACCAGCAGCUUGUCGAAUUCUUCUACUCCAUGCAUGACCCAACCACCAAGAACAGACAGGGCGCUGAUACUGGCACCCAGUACCGAAGUGCCGUGUUUGCUCAUAACGAGGAACAGCUGAGGAUCGCAAGGAGCGUAACGGACCAGGUUUCUAGGCGGUGGUGGAAGGCCCCCGUCACCACCGAGCUCAAUCCCCCGGACCAGUGGCAGUGGUGGACUGCCGAAGCAUACCAUCAGCUAUACCUGGAGAAGAAUCCUACUGGAUACGUGUGCCCAGCCCAGUAA